AUGAGAACAAUGGACACACAGGUUCAGAGUGCUGAAAGGGGGCUGGUAUUGCCUCCUAUGAAUUCGACUGUGUCGACGGCAACGGCGGCUACCACAGCCACAAAUACAGAUACGGAUACAGAUGGAGAUAGAGAUGAAGAAGAAGAGUCAUCAGUAGGGGAUGGUUGCGAAUGGGUACCCGCGUAUAUGUUGACAAGAGACAAAGCAUGCUACUUGGGCCAUUUUCUUGGUGCAAACAAGAUGCUGGAGGCGGUGAAAUGUAAGCAUUGUGAUGUGAUAAUUAGACGGCGAGCAGACAGUACGAGCAUGGCGGAGGCCUCUCAGGCGCAUUUGUGGAAUGUACAUAAGAUAGAUCCGAAUACCAAUUACUAUGGAGGUUGGACCGGAGUGGACUCCGGGUCUAAUUUCAUGGCAAGACCACCUUUAAAAAAUUACCAAGGCGGAGGAACUGCAACGAGUAGCAUCGCUAACCUCCUGGAAAUAGACGAGGAUUUUUUGAAGAGAACUAGAGAGAGAGAGAUGGAUUUGCCUCUCGUGCAGUCACUCGCCAUCAUAAUUGCGUCAGAAAACUUACCCCUUUCGUUCGUAGAUAACACUGCUGUACGCCUUCUGAUCAAUCAAAAUGCUAAUUCACUAAGCUUCAUUGAUCAUGAUUUGAUUCUCAAUACCAUCAGAUCCAUCGCUUAUAAUCUCGAUAGAAUCAUUCAAAGGACGGCGUUACGUAACAACUCGGAUUUGGCGCUAAUUAUCGACAAGAACUAUUUGUUAAUGGACCCUACCGACAGAUCUAAUCAAUUAUCGAAUAGAUUGAAGAAUCAAUUAUUUGAAAUGCAAAAGAUAAAUUUUUUUUCCUUGAGCCACUCUGUAUGGAAUGACACAAUGUCUAUAUUAAGUAUCCAGUACUACGAUGAAUUUCAUUCUUGCGUGAAGAUCUUGCCCUUGAUCAUUCAAGACUUACACGAGCAUACUAAUGAUCCCAAACUUUCCGUUUCAGCUCAGCUGUUUAAAAUCGCACAAGAGCUACCUGGUUUACAAAAUUCGGUAAUUUCUAUGACUUUACCAAGAUCUCAAAUAAUAGAUCUUUUGAACGUAAUAGACAGCCAACCAUUUUUUCCCAGUUCAUAUACGAAUGCCAAAAGCUAUUACCAUAACUGUAUUAUUUCUGUUAUAAAUUCUGCGAUAUUGCCAUUAUUCGGUACUCCUAAAUCUGCUGGUAUUACGCGCUCAACACAUUCAUCGUUCACCAGGGAACCGUUGACUCUAUUAGAUUCUUUAAUUGAUCUAUCAAAUAUAGAUAUAUCAAGUUCCAUUUUUUUCAGGAUCAAUUCCUUUUUGGAUGAUUUACAGUCCAAUUCAUGGCAGCUGGAUAAAUUCCGCUCAUUAUGUGGAAAAUUUGGUUAUAGAUUUGACUAUUCUAAGUUUGAUCUAUCCCGUUAUUCUACUGCCACCGUCUCACUGCAAACCUUUUUGAAUCUACGUCCCAUAAUAGAAGAAUAUCAAUCUUCUAUUCAAACUGAGAAGUUCAACGAAAUCGAUUUUCAGAUAAUAAAUUAUUUAUUAACCACUUUGAAUUCCGUUAAUAGAAUAUUAAAGUUCUUUACUUCAUCUAAAAAUUUGAACUUUACUUAUGUUUUGUUUGCCGUGAUGUCCAUUGAAAAGCAUCUGUUAUCAACUUUAAGCACCUUACAAUUUCAACGGUUAAUUGCGCCAUUUGAAGCAUUUUUGUCAAAAAUUCAAGAGUUCAAAACGAUCCUAUUUUCAGACGAUAUGAAUCUUUUAGCGAUGUUCAUGUGUCCUGCAAUUCUAUUUGAAAGAGAAGUAUUGGAAUAUUCUUUUCACACCAUUUCACUUUCUGAAAUUGUGGAUAAACUUUCCACAUUAAUUUUUAGCUUGUUAAAGAGAUUUUUGAAUUUACAUACAAUAGACAACGGGAACAAUAAUAACAGUGGCCCUAGUAAUAAUAACAACAAAAUAAACGUCCACACUGACGGCCAAGGUAACAACAUCAGCAAUGGUAACGGCAACAACAACAACAAUAACGAUAACGAAAAUGACAACAACAACGAAAACCGCUCGAAUUCAAAUUCACCAGCAUCGAGAAUAGAUAUAGAUCCUACUAGUGGACAGGGUUCAGUCUCACCGGAACGGCAAUCACACGAUAACAAUAAUAACAUGUCAUUUGAUUCCCUCAGUGGUACACAUCACUUAUCCGAUUCUACUAUCUCAAAGGAAAUAGAUACUAUCUUUUUACAAACUAUUCAGGAGGACCUAUACGAAUACUUAAGUACAGUAAACUCCAUUGUACCCAUAUCAUAUAGAUCAUAUUGCGAACAGAGCAGUUUUGUUAGGGAUAGCGGUCGUUUCAAAAAAAGAAUAAUAACAGAGGACUCUAUUAUAGGUGAGCUGGAGCAGCCAAUGAAUUUCAUUGAAGAGUUACUGGACAUCCAUGUCCCUGUGUGUAAUGCAUUCUGGACUCAAUACUUGGAUAACGACGCUGGGCCAAUAAUUAGAAUCUUAUUCAAGAUAAUGCAAUGUCAGUCAUCUUCUUCCAUUAGGGAAGAAUACUCUUUUUUAAAUGACUUUGUUCCGAGAGUACAUCCUGAUUUGACUCAAGAGAUUAUUAAGAUUAAGUUAUUCAACGAUCAAUUUGUGGCAAGUAAAGUAGAUUACGAUUUGGACACUCUGCAAACUGCAAGCCAAUAUCUUCCAUAG